UCACUUUCGCUUGGUUUGGCGGCACGCGGGCCACGAGAACUAGCGUAGGCCAGGCCGGCAUGGCGCGUGGUGGCUGCGGGGCUGAGCUGUGACGGGUCUGGCAGGUGCGAUGGCUCGCACGUGCCGCAUGGGGUCUCCUCUCCGCGGGCGUGUGGGGGCGGGCGGGCUACGCGUGGUGUGUGCAGAUCUGAGGCGACGACCUCAGUCGGUGAGCGCGCCUCCCUCCCGGUGGCGGGUGGCCGACGCGGAUGCUGGGGGCCGCCCUCCUUGGCUGUUCGAGCAACAAGAUGGCGGCGGACGUGGGGCUCGAUGAUGUGGUUUCCCCGGUGGCCCUAUGCAUUGAUCCGAAGACGGUGUCCUUUGCUCUAGUUCCACACUUGCCCCGCCAGCCCAAGAUGACAACGACUUCCGGGUGCUGUUGUUGCUGCAGGGUGGGGCGAUGGGGGGCUCUGGAUUUGGAUUGUGGGUAUCUCCUGGCUGGCGAUGGUGGCCACGAUGUCGGCAAUGCUUUGGGCAUUGCUACCCUUCCUGAAGGUGCGUUGUGAUCCUCCCCUUGCCCUCGACCUCCAUGGCCCGGGUGAAAGCCCAAAAUCUCCUGUGUCGGUACUAAAACCGACAGACCUCGGGGUAGGGGGUCCCGAGCUGUGGAUCUCGGAUCUAUGGAUAACAGGGGACGAAGGAGACCGUAUUUACCCAGGUUUAGGCCCUCUCGAAGAGGUAAUACCCUACGUCCUGCUUGAUUAUAUUGAUGAUGAUGUAUCGAGUACAGGCGUGAUCUACCUCGAGAUUGUAAGUAAUGUUCUAACCCUAAGGCUAGGUGGUUGCAAUUGUGAUCCUCCCCCUACGGACAAGACCUCCCAGUUUAUAUAGACACUGGGGGGGUACCUAGGAUUACACAUGGUCGGUUGUCAAUCUAGGGUUACAUGCGCCGCCGAGCCGAUGCAAGUCUUGGAGUACACUUCAAGUCUUUGGUAGAAUCCUUCUUCAUUAUGCUGAGGUAUGAGGCUUUUGGAGUCCUUCUAGAGAAAUGGUGGGCCCCAUGGACUGUGGGUCGACUAGGUCGGUACCCCCUAGUCCAGGACACCGUCAGUAGCCCCCGAACCGAUCUUCAAUGCCAAGGGCAACAUCAGACACGUGACUUCGGCUCCAGAGUCUUCGGCUUGACAGGUUAAUUCCUUCAAAUAAUUUCGGUAUGAGAUCCUCUCCCGCCAACAGGCUCUAACCAGAUUAAUUCCCAAAGGGAACAAUUCUUCAACCAUGUGUUAGCCAAUCCCCCUAGCAUCCGAGGACGCGAGCUAACUUAGCCUCGAAGGCCAUCCACCUAGGUGUGAAUGGUGCCCGUAGCUUGACAACUUUUCCCGAAGCGUCACUUCUUAUACCAAAGUGGGUCGGUAACUCCUUGCUCGAUUCGCGGCCCGAGGCGGUUUUUCAUUGGCACGUCUUAUCAAAACAGAGAUCGUGCUCGUAUUUUGGGGAUAUCAUCAAGAUUUUGUUUCACCCCACGCGCAUAAUGGCGUUUCUGUAUUGAGGCGUUGCGAUUUUAACGGCGUAGUAAGGGGACUCUUGGCCUUUCACAGGCCUAUAAGAGUGAAAAGGGAGCCCUUGACAAUCCACGCUUCCGUUCCUCCCUUGCCUACUGCCUCCUGAGCUCCAGCGCCCAGAUCCAAUCCUCAAUCCACUCGCCUCUCUCAUGUCCAAAGCUUCCCUUUCCGGCCAUGGCCGACGCCACCUUGAAGGGGCACCGGGCUGGCUCCAUCGUCAUGGAGGGCACCAUCCUGGAGCUGCGGAGUGUGGGGUACAUCCCCGCCAACGUUGCGACCCGGCCAUCGGAGAAGGACCAGCGAGCACCCACCCCAAGCCGUGGGAGAGGGUCAUUUUCGUUCCCCACCUCAUCAGAGGUAUGGGGUUCCCGCUGCACCCCUUUGUGCAUGGGAUCCUCUACUAUUAUGGGCUGGAUUUCCACCAUCUGGCGCCAAACUCCAUCCUCCACCUCGCAUCCUUCUUAAUCGUUUGCGAGGCCUUCCUCCGCGUCGAGCCCUACUUUGGGCCGUGGCUGAAAACCUUCGGCAUUAAGCUGAAGUCCAGUGGCCGGCGAACCUUUGUCGAAACCAUCAGGAGUGGUAACGUGACUGGUUCUACGUCACCGAGCCAGUCGCCGGCGGUAAGGCCGAAGUCCCAGCCUUCUUGGCUGACCCUUCGAGGAGGCUGGUUUCUUGGAAGAGGAAGGGUAUCGACUGGGGCAACUUCGACGACGUGACCUUGCUGCAGCAGAAGAUCCAGUUUCUGGCAGACAAGAAGAUCAAGCUGACGUCAUGCUCCAUCGCUGCAUCUUGCCACUCCAACUUCGGUGAGUCCGAUGUGGGUUCACAAGUCCGCAGACAAGCCGCUCGUGAAGUAUUUUUUUCCGCACAUCCCUGUCUGGGAUGUGGACGGCGCUUUUCAAGCCGUCCAAACACGAUUUCCCCAUAGAGGGGAGGGACUGCGGCUUCGACGCCGCGCACGACGCCAACGAGGUAAUUUCUACCAUAGGGCCUUAUAUUCUCGUCUUGUAUUUUGUGGAUGUAUCUUGAUCGAACUUUUUGAACUUCUCCUCCCUUCACAGACAGCAAAUGCUGUGCCCGACGUCACUGCCAGAGGAGGCGAGAACUCCCCAUCUCACGGCGUUCUUGGCCGAGGAGCAGUACGUGGUUCCGGCCAAGGAGCCGAAGCAGCCAAAGGGGAAGGCCAGUAGGCGCCUCCGAGGCACUUCGGGGCCUGGUCCGAGGACACCCAUGUCUCCUCCACCCACGAGGAGGAGACGGAAGACGAAGAAGAGGAGGCGGUCUCUCCGAAGAGGAAGAGAACGGCGUCCGAGGACCUCAUUGAGGAGGCACACACCAAUCCCAUAGGAAACUGUGCACGGCCUCGGGCGCGCCGGUCGGUCAACGACCCGAGCCCGCUCAGCUGACCCUCUCUGACACCUCGGAGGACCCCCUUGCCCAGCUGCGCAGAGCGAGGCCGGCACUGUUUAUAGGUAUUGUGUAAAUGCCCGAUUACUGAUUAGUCUUUGGAGCUUGUCCGCCCUCUAUGGAAGAGAGUGGGUCCGUGGAGCGUCCCAUUCCCCCCUCUGCCCCUGACGGGCUGGGGGAAGCGACGUUGCGCCCAACCCCCACCGUUGACAACACGGGGGUGGGCGCCGGCGGUUCAUUGGCCGAGGUCCAGACCUCGGUAGCCGAAGACCACGGGGAGGAAGUCCCCGUGGUUAUAGAAGACGAGGUGGGCCGAGGUGGAUCCUCGGCCUAGAUCACUCUGGAGCUGCCAAAGCAGCCCAAGGUUACCGUCCUUGACACCACGGCGGGUGGAACCAAAGUGCUUAGCCUUCCCCUCCUACUUCAAAGUAGGUCGUGAUGGGGUGGCCUGAGGAGAUGGAGGUCGCCGUGGCAAGCUCCUCCAUCCUAGAAGAGCAACGUGCUCUGAUUGGCGCGGCGCUGGGGAGCUUCCGGUCCGUGGAGGCUGGAAUGCAAGAGGCCUUCAAGGGUCUUCUUACAGCUUUCGAGGCCUCUACUUCGGCUCCGAGCUCUGUCUCCGAGGAAUUGGCGGAGAUGAAGCUGAAGCGGUCCGAAGAGGACCUCGAUCUGAUGCAAAAGCAGAUCGAAAGUGCCCAAGUUCUUGGAACUGCUUUAGCAUACAACAUGGUGCUUGAUCUUCCUUUCUGGGCUGGUGUACUGAUUUGUGCAGCAACUGUUAUACUGCUUCUCGGAUUACAAAGCUAUGGGGUCCGGAAAUUGGAGUUCAUGAUUGCAGUGUUUAUGCUCAUCAUGGCCUCUUGCUUCUUUAUAGAGCUGAGCCAUGUCAAUCCUCCAAUGAAUGAGUUAAUUGAAGGGUUAUUUAUCCCAAGACUUAAAGGACAUUAUGCUAUCUCCGAUGCAGUCGCACUGAUCAGUGCCCUUGUUGUACCGCACAAUCUCUUCCUACAUUCUUCUCUUGUUUCAUCAAGAAACUUACCAUCAUCCUCUGAAGCAGUUAAGGAUGCAUCUGUGUUCUUCUUGCUAGAGAAUGCAUUCGCUUUGUUUCUUGCGCUUGUCAUAAAUGUUGCCAUUGUAUCACUCUCUGGAACUAUAUGUGCUGAUAAUCUUUCACUGGAUGAUACGAACACAUGCAGCAGUCUCACUUUAAAGUCAGCAUCCGUACUAUUCAAGAAUAUUUUGGGACGGUCAAGAUCAAUUUUUUAUGGUUUGGCAUUAUUAGCUUCUGGACAAAGCUGUGCAGUGGUUACCACCUACUCUGGGCAAUACAUUAUGCAGGGAUUCUCAGGGAUGAGGGUAUUCAUCAUAUACCUUUUUGCUCCCUGUCUCACCAUGGUGCCUACUUUGAUAAUUUGCGGCAUUGGUGGUGCUUUACGAGUUCGUCAACUUAUCAAUAUAGCAGCGGUCAUAUUGUCGUUUGUGCUGCCAUUUGCUCUCGUUCCUCUCCUCAAAUUCAGUAGCUGUUGCUCAAUGAUAGGACCAUACAAGAACUCAACAUGGAUCACGAGAAUAUCAUGGAUCCUGUCGUUGGUGAUCAUCGGCAUCAAUACUUAUUUCUUUUGUACUAGCUUCGUCAGUUGGCUUGUAUAUAGUGACCUACCAAGAUUUGCUAAAGCAAUAAUUAGCACCCUCGUCUUCCCUUUCAUGGCGGCCUAUAUUGUAGCGGUCAUUUACUUGGCUUUCAGAAAAGUUAGUACUAAUGCCGUACUCCCCUCCAGUUCAGUUUCUUGUGAGAUUGAAGUGGCAGAGGUGCCAAGACAAGACAACAAGGAUGAAGUUUUGGCUCUACAUUGCUAGAUUGAAAGAUUGGAUCCAGACCUUGUUUUGGAGACGGUAAUAUCUUGAUUUCUUCAAGAAUGAAGCCGUUUUCGGUGCAAUUAGUGCGAUCCAAAAAGUCCCUUGUAACUCUUCGAUGAACAAAGCAUCAACUAGUUCAUGUAUAGCAUAUCAGCACUCAAUGGAUGGCAUAUAUAGUGGGAAAUCAUUUACUGGUCUUUUAGUUACUCAAUUGUUUGUCAUGCACGUUCAAAUAGGCACCUAAUAUAAGGUAUUUCUUGUGA